AUGACAAACUACGACGAGAUUGCCCAGGCUGACGCCGAUGACGAAUGCAGGACUUGGGUCCGUAGGCUCAUCGAUGCGAGAGAUGAAGUCGUAGCGUUCGUCGAUGCUCGUUUGGACGGCAAGGGGGCCGGCGAAUAUUUGGGUUUUCUCAAGGGGUCCUUCAACAUCAGCUUCCAUGUCGGAUUUGGACGGCAGCAGCCAAGCGCCCUCAUUCGCUUUGCCAAGCCAGGCCAUACUUUCUCGCCCUGGAGGAGCGAAAAAGUGAUGAACGAAGUCAACGCCAUUGCCUACCUCCGACAGCAUACCACGAUCCCUUUGCCUAACAUCCGUUGCUGGGGCUUGGCGGAGGAGAGCCCGCAGCAGUUGGGCCCCUUCAUCAUCAUGGACUUCAUCGAGGGGACCCGGCUGUCGACCUUCCUUAGGGAACCGACCGAGGACGAUGAUGCAGACAUGAUUCUCAACCCCGCCAUUGAUGAAGCCGUGCUUGACGUCAUCUACGAUCAGCUGGCAGAUUACCUCCUGCAAAUCUCUCGACUUGACUUUCCUCUCAUCGGCGCCAUCUCCAAGGACUCUUCAGGUGCCUGGGCCAUCACCAAGAGACCUCUGACGUUCGACAUGAACGAGCUGGUGACGGGAACAGGGUACCCGGUGGACAAACUUUCCGACGCACCGUUCAAGUCUUCGGCCGACUUCUUCCACUCCAUUGCCCGCCAGCGCCUGCUCCACCUUGCCACGCAGCGAAACCUCGCAGACGAUGAGGCCGAUGUUCGCAGGCGAUUUGUCGCCCGAAGCCGCUUUGAACGUCUCAUCCCAAAAUACUGCAUGGAAGACGACGACGGUCGGUGUCAAGGAGACAAGGUGUUCAAAGUGUUUUGCGACGAUAUGCAGCCUGCGAAUAUGCUCAUUGACCCGAAGUCGCUUCGAAUUACUGCCGUACUCGAUUUCGAGUUCACCAACAGCAUGCCCGCCCAGUUUGUCUAUGACCCGCCCUGGUGGCUACUUUUGAGGGGACCGGAUCUAUGGCUUGAUCACGACAAAAUAGAUGAGUUCCUGGCAAGUUAUGUCCCAAAGAUGGACAAGUUUCUACGCGCCCUAGAGCGAGUGGAACUAAAAUCAGCCGCGGCCGGGGACGGAAGCAUGGAGGGGCAGGCACGUCUCUCUGCUCGGAUGCGACAGUCGUGGAAUAGCGGCCGCUUCUGGUUUAACUAUGCUGCAAGGACAUGCCUCGACAUGGACGAUAUAUAUUGGCAUGCCCUUGAUCACCAGUUAGAUGGCGAUCGCCUUACUAUACUGGACGAAGCGGAGAGGGCAGAGCUCGAAGGGUUGGUCAAGAAGAAGAUGGAACAGCGGAACUCGUAUUCGGAGGACUGGGCUGCUCGGUUCGCGGAUGAGGAGUCUGAAUGA